AGAAUUUUGACCUGCUGCCAGCUGCCCUGCCAUCUCAGAGAAUCGGCGGUCCAGGCUGGCAACACAGUCAAUGAAUGCAUCAGACCAACCAGCCAAGACUCACUCGAGCCCUCGUCUCUCUGGAAGGGCCACUGGCCGGGGAACGCGACUCGCCAAAGCCCACGUAUCCAAAAACUUGGGGUGACUUUACGGCCAGGUCGUACGCAUCCUAUCUCAUCGCCUUACUGUCAGGGCAGUAUCGCCACACCCUUGCACGCCCGAGCCACUUUGAGCUCAAGUCACCUUUCGACGUCAGCCCAUACCUCACUCACUCUUGUCAUCCCCAUCUGCCAAGCCAGCCAGAGGCCAGGCCAGCCAGAGGCCAAGCCUAUACUCACUGGACACUCACUCGAGCUCACCGGCAACCACCAGGACGCGCUUCUGGCGCCCGUCUAGGCCCUCGGGUACCCUGCAGCACACGAAGCCGCGGAUCAUGGUCCAUUGGCACAUGACGUCUUGCCUCCAGCCCAUCUGAAAAUCUACCAUUGUGGAUCAUGGCAGACCAAACCGCAGACGGUGCUGCCGUCGCGGCAGCUGACGUUGAAACCACGCCAGCUGUCGCCGCCGCAUCCUUGGACCGCGCUGAUGACACAACCCACAAACGGCGAGCCGAGGACAACGCCGCCGCCUCUCCUCGCAAGAAGCCCAGGAACGACCAGGCAGAGGCGGAGACAUCAGAUGGCGUUGACGAGGGACAGGUUGAUUCUGAUUCAGAGUCAAAGGCAAGCGCCUCGUCCAAGAAGCCAGGCCGGACAUGGAACAGCGGCAUCACCACACAGCUCCGCACCUCUUUUGGAUCCUCAUCCAGGUCCUCCAAGUCGAAUGCUGCGAAACCUUCACCCAAACCCACAGCUGCUCCUGACGAGCAUCCUCCUCCCCCGGGUCAAUUGGCCCCAGAGGUCUGCAACGAACUAGUCGCCACCGUCAAAGCGGGUGAGGCGUCCGUCCUCCCUGCAGUCAAGGAACACGAAAGAACGUGGGAAUUGCCUCCGUUCAAGGCCGACUUCCAAGGCGAAACCUGGGAUGACAUCUUCAGAUCCAUGUUUUCUCAGUGGUCUACAGAUUUCAUGUCUACAAAUCAGGCUAAUGUCGAAGCGGUCGGCCUUGGUCACAAGUUUUUGACCAAGAUGUACCUCCAAACACUGAAUUCGCUGCCUGGCGUCAAUCAGACUCUGGUCAAAGUCUCUCAGGCGCAUUUGCAUCGUACCUCCAAACGCAGCCUGCUGAAAAGGGUUGCCAAAGGAUGGAAAGAGUCACCGAGCGAAGGAACACGCAGGAAAAACCAGACCACGGAGCAGACCAAGGUAGAGACCGGGCAAGAAAACCAACCACCGGAGGAGCCGAAGCAGCCGCCUAAGAGACAAACGAGAGCCUCUUCUAAGAAGGCCGAGUCGACACCAGACAGUGACACGGGCAGAUCGGCCGACUCUUCUGACCGGAAGCCCUCGGCAGCGUCUUCCGGGCCUUCCAUUCCUGACAGUUCUGUGCCUCCGCUGUCUGACCUGACUGCCGAGAAGCAGCCACCCUCUGCCACAGAGGAUGAUGUUGUCCCAAUGUAUGAGGGCCAGGACGAGGGCCAAGACGAACCUGGCAAGGACCAGAGGUCCAACAACAUGUUUUCGGAUCGAACGAAGGCCGAAAGCAAGACAGUCGCUCCAACAGAAGACGAGCUCGAGCAGCGCCACCGUUAUUUUCCAGGUGUUACAGAUGAUGCUGUGUUCUGUCUCACUUGCGCCUCUUACGGCCACAACACAUCGGGCUGCCCAGAAGCAACCUGCAAAUUUUGCCAACAAGACCAUUUCUCCUACUCGUGUCCGUCUCGCCAGAGAUGCACAAAGUGCAAGCAGCUUGGCCAUGCAAAAGCUUCUUGCAAAGAGAAACUUGCAGUGGCUGCAGGUGAAGGCUUCAUGGAAUGUGCUUUUUGCCAGGCCCAAGACCAUCAGGAGGAGCAAUGCCCCGAGAUUUGGGAAACAUAUCGACCAAACAUAGGCCAUAUUAAGCAGGUCAGGUCAGUCCCUAUUUUCUGCUACUGUUGCGGGGCGGAGGGCCACUUUGGCACGGACUGCGGCCUUGCCGAUCGCAAAUUGCCGCCUAGCGCGACGUGGAGCAACGCAGGAGCGUCUCUGUAUAUCGAUCCCGCGAGCUUGGAGGAAGCUAUCGCGUUCAGGAACCCCCUACCAGGACCCCAGGCAGACUCAGCCCCUGUCAUUCCGGGUCGGAGCAUCAAGCCACAGUCCCACAUCAUAUUCGAAGACAGCGGCGACGAGGAUGCCUCUGGCCAAGGGUUUCUCAGGGCACCGGCUUCUGGGCCCCGACGCCAAGGUCAGAUUCAGAUAACGUCGAACAUCAACUUUGGGGCCCCGGCCGGCCCUUCGGCUCAGAAUGGCGGUGCUGCCCAGCAGGACUCUUCACAAGCGGGCAAGCGGCGAAAGCAGCGUGCGGCGAAUGGGCCAGCUUCUUUACCUCCCAAACCCCAGACCGCAGCCCCUGCCCCUCCCCAGCAGGCUUCUAAGAAGGGCAAGAACAAUAAGAAGAACGGCAAGAACCCCCAGCAGAAGCAGCAACAGCCACCGCUACCGCCAGGCCCACCUCCUGGUAGCAGAGGCUGGCGCCCCCCGGAGUUUCAAGCACGAAGUAGUAAUAGCUCACGAGGACGAGGGGGCUUCAGCAGCCUGGGUCGAGGCGGGCGGCGGGGCGGCGGACGAAACUGAAUGGGUCCCAGCAGUGGGCAGUGAGUAUGCACAAGCGGUGUAGCAAUGUGGAUCCGGUGGAUACGCAUUUAACGGUGCGCCUGAGCAGCAAACAGGUAUCAGGAGAAAGCCAUCGUGGGUUAUUGACCCGUAAAGGAGUGCUCCUGAUAGUGCGACGUCCACUGACGAUUGCCAAGAAGUUUUGGGUGGCAGCACAUGCCAUAGAAUUACUUCUACGAGAGCGUGUUGACGUGACUUAUUAUUGUUUGCUUCGUUGAGGUGCCUGUGACGACCCCGGGACCUGCCUUCGAUCUGACCGUAAGAAAAUGGUCAAAGCUUGUCAGGUCUGGAUUGGGCUCGCCAUGCGCCUACCAGGCAGCUUCAUGGAGCUGUGCUGUGUGAGAUAGACCAGCUAUCCUGUCAAGCUCUAGAAUCGUAAGAAUACACGAUGCCUCUUGAAAAGGCGGUACGACAUCGAGAGAGAUUUAAUUGCGGUGGAUUGUUCUCAAUUAAUUCAAUCGCAUGCAACCUUGGAUUUUAGCCGAGAGGG